AUGGCUUAUGAGCUGCGUACGCGCGACCAAUACACAGUAUGGAUUGUUUGUGCCCUGCCAGUCGAGCAGAUUGCCUUGGAGGCUGUUCUCGACGAAAGGCAUGCUAAGCUAGGAAUCGACGCAGCGGAUGACAACGACUACGUGCUCGGCCGGAUUGGAAUCCACAACGUAGUAAUCGCAUGUCUGCCCGCGGGCUUGAUGGGAAUCGGUCGAGCGGCCUCAGUUAUAAAGGACAUGGCGCGCAGUUUUGAGAAUCUAAAAUUUGGCUUGAUGGUAGGUGUGGGUGGUGGGGUUUGGAGCCCAGAGAAUGACUUGCGUCUCGGAGACGUCGUUGCCGGUGUUCCUGAGGGAGAUAAUCCUGGAGUCGUGCAGUGGGAUUUUGGAAAGACAGAGAAAGGGGGCAAGUUUCGACGGACGCAGUCCUUGAAUAAACCGCCAAUGAUCUUGCUUCAUGCCGUACAGACUUUGAGAGCAAGAGAAUGGACAAAGGCCGGAAAUGGCAUUCGCACACGCCUGGAAGAAGUGUACACUAAGGAUUCGACCGGGUUAUCUGAUGCUUUUCAAUUCCAGGGAGAAGAACAUGACAGACUCUUCGAGGCUACUUAUGAUCAUGGUGAUGGUGAUUUGCCUUGCAGCCAUUGCGACUCCAAAUCAAUCGUGCAAAGACUUCCUGCUAGAGAAGAUCCCCUUAAUCCAAGAGUAUAUUACGGCACCGUUGCUUCUGGCAAUCAGGUUAUCAAGCAUGGCAUCACGAGAGACAGAAUAGCGAAAGAGCAUAAUGCUAUCUGUUUUGAAAUGGAGGCGGCUGGAUUGGAUGGGUUUCCGUUCCUCGCCAUUAGAGGAAUAUGUGAUUACGCCGAUUCCCAUAAGAACAAGCGAUGGCAACCAUACGCGUCGUUGACAGCAGCAGCUUAUAUGAAAGAGCUUCUUAGCGUGGUGAAGGAGCAAACACCAGUUAAAAACUCUCUAAAGCACUUCAUGGCUCCUCGCAAGAAUCCGAAUUUUGUCGCACGACAGGGCGUGGAACGGGAGAUAGAACGUGUAAUAAAACGCCAGAGUGUCGGCAGUCAGGUCAGAAUAGCUUUAUGUGGCCUCGGUGGCAUAGGGAAAAGUCAAAUUGCUUUGAACUUUGCCCACAAGAGCAAGACCAACUAUAACGUCUUUUGGGUACAAGCAGCCACAUCUGAACAGUUUCAUUCGGAUUAUUCCAUGAUUGGAAGUAUGGCAGGAGUGGUGAAUGACAACUCCCGCGCAGAGGACAAUUGCCAUGCCGUCAAACAAUGGCUAGAUUCUGACAAGUCUGGUAACUGGAGGCUUAUUAUUGAUAACCUGGACGAUAUCUCGGGCCCAGUUGGGAAGCUGGUAUCGGACACACUUCCUUUAUACCGAGGCACCAUCCUCUUUACGACUCGCAACGAAAAUAUUAUUGGAGGCCCUAUCGACGAAGGAUUCCGCAUUCGACUAAGUGAAAUGACCGACUCCGAGGCAAAAUAUACCUUCCAGAAGCUUGGUGACAUUAGCGAUGAGGAUGUGAACUCGGAAGCCACAGGACAACUGCUGGAACUAUUUGGUAACAUCCCAUUAGCUAUCGCACAGGCUGCUGCGUACAUCCGAAAACAGCGAGUCAAGGUCUCAAGAUAUCUGGAUCUCCUCCAAUCGUCCGAGUCGAGCCAAGUGACGUUGCUCCAGAAACCCAUUACCAACAAGCUUGGCCAUACGCAAGAUUUAACGGGGGGUUCCGUCAUGAGCACAUGGGGAUUGUCCUUUAAUUACAUUCAAUUUAAGAACCCGUCCGCUGCCGCGCUUUUGCAGGCUCUCGCUGGGCUUGGUAUUAGUGACUUGGAGACCCUGGACGACGCAAUUGAGAUUCUCCUGUCGUUUUCCCUAAUUGCAGUCACGCAAGAAGAAGAUGAAGAUAACUAUGAUGUUGAUUCUCCGCAAUAUCAAAUGCAUCGACUUUUCAGUCUGUGGACAAGAACACUGGCUUUGUCCCAAGGAGAAAUAAUCCUGACCACUCUUCUCUCCAUGCAAGAAGUUUUCCCCGAGGAGGUAUCCGAUGAAAACUUUCUGAAAUGGAGCCAUCUCCCAACUCACGUAACGAAGAUUCUCACCUAUAGUCGGGAUUUACCCGAACGUCACGAUAGUCGAAUGGCGUUGACUUUAAAACUCGCUUCGUAUUUUCUGACUGCUGGUUAUUAUGACAUGGCAGAAGCUGCGCUAAAAGAAUGCUGGGAGUUUUAUCAACCUCAACCAGAAAAAUACCCUACGGAGUAUCUUUACUGUGUACGACAGUCUGGCCAUAACGCGUUGGAGAGGGGAAAUUUUGACGAUGCCCUUUAUUGGUAUCAGAAAGCCGUCGACAAUAUUCAGAAACGACAGAAACAAGAUGAUGAGCAUAACUAUUUUCUCCAUGAAACGGCCUUGCAAGAAAUUGAAGUCAAUAUGGGGAAGGCAUAUUUUUCUUUGCAAAAGCUGGACACUGCAAUGGAAUAUUUCCAAAGAGUACUGUCUAGAAAGCAACCAGAAGGCAAGACGCUCAAUGAAGCAAUGAUAGAGCUUUUUGGCGAAUGUCAUGCGACCACCUUGGUGUCCCAGGGUAUCCUUGGGGUUGCACACAAGCGUUUGGGUGAACACGACGAAGCGAUAGUUCACUUUGGUGAGGCAGUGACUGGUCUAGAGAAAGCUCUAGGUGAUAGCCACCCACAGACACUGCAAGCACGCAGCAACAUGGCUGUUUGCCUGUCUGCCAUGGGACACUAUGACAGAGCACUACAGCUUCAUCAGCAAGUUCUUCGAGGCCAGCAGGAGAGACUGGGAAAUGCUCAUACAAUAACUCUCAACACACUCCACAGUAUUGGGGAAACAUACAAGCGGCAGGGAAACUACAAACUUGCGCUUGAAACGUAUUUGGAAGUUCUUGCUGGUCGUGAAGCUUCGGAAGGGCCAUCAAACCACUCGCUACGGUAUUAUAUUACAGUGGAUAGUAUGGGAGAUGCCUACACUGGCCUUGGGGACUAUGAUAAAGCGAUUGAAUCGUAUGAUAAUUCUUGGAAUGGCGUCAAGAAUAUAUUGUCUGAUGGUCACCCAAUGGCACUUGAGAUGCUUGAACGAAAGGCAGAUGUCCUGGUUCUCAAAGGAAGUACAGAGAGUGCGUUCAGAUGUAUGAAUGAAGUGUUCAAGGGACAGCUAAACAGCCUGGGACCGGAAAAUCUUUCCACAAUGAAGACGGAGGAGAAGAUUGCUUUAUUGAUAGCGCAAAUUUGA